AUGGAGGCCGCUGAAUCUGAAGCCGGUGUAAAAACUCACUUAAAUAAUGUGUUAUCCGACGAGGAAAUUGCUAAUUUACCCAAUCUCAUUACAGAAAAGAUAAAUGCUUACAUCGAUAAAACAUUUGAAGAAUAUUUAACAUCUAAAGCUCUUCAUGAGACUAAUAAGUCCCAGAUAGGUGAUAGAGUAUCAUCACUGGAAGCCCAGAUACUCGAAGUGACGGCGAAAUAUGACGAUGCUGUGAAGAAGCUAUCAACAUCUGAUGAAACCAUUACAGAACUUACACAACAGGUUGAAUCUUUAAAUAACGAAUUAGAAAAAGCGCGCGAUAAAAUAACACGCCUUGAAAAUGAAAUUAUUUCUCUCAAGAGCUCAAGAGACGCUGCUGUUGACGAAAGAAAUGACUUGACAAGAAUACUACAAAGGCGAGAUGCCGAAAUUGAAAGACUAACUUCUAGCGAAGCUGCAUUGUCUCAACAAUUACGUGCAGCAAUUGAUGCCAAAUGCGAAGCCUUAGCACUAAAUGAUGAAAUACAAAGCAAAGAACUUUCACUUCAAUAUCGCGAAAAACGUAUUGAACAGGAAAGAACUUUACUUAAUUCACAAAUUGCUGGGUUGACUGAAGAAGUCAAUCGUCUCACGUCUGAACUACAAACUGUAAGAUUGAAUAACACCAGUCGUUCAGUAAACUUGGAAACCCAAUUAGCUGAAAAAAUCGAGGAACUAAAUGCUGCUAAUGAGACUAUUACUCAGUUAAAUGAGGUAAAGAAAAAUUUGAACAACAGAGCUGAAAGUCUCACUCAACGUUUAAUGGAGCAAAGAGAAAUAGAAAAUAAAAUGACAGAAAAUUACAAAAAAGAGUUGGAGGCCAAAACCAAACUAGCUGACUUAUUUAAAACUAUGCAUGAUGAUGCUGAAGCAAAAACCUUGGAGAUGACUGAAGGAAUUGCAGAAUUACAAAAAUUGUUGAAUGAAGCCACUGAGAAAUAUGGGGAACUGGAAACAAAAUGCAAACAAGCUGAGUUGGACCAUGAGGAAUUAAUGGAUAAAAAAAAUGAAAUAAUUAGUUCAUUAAAAAAUGAAUUAGAACAUGCAAAUGAUUUAUUAAAGGCUGCUAACGCUCAAAGUCUUGACAUGGCUUUAAGCGAUUUGGCUCCAUCAGCAGCAACUGCCAGCAAACUGUUGAAAUCAGGAAUGUCUCUUACACAAAUAUAUUCGCAAUUGGUGAAAGUUUCGGAUGACCUAGCUCAAGAAAAGGAAGAUAAUAGACGUCUCAAUGUCACUAUCAACACCAUUGUUCAAGAAUUGGAGGAAAAAGCUCCUUUACUUCAAAAACAAAAAAUUGAAUAUGAAGAAGCAUUAGAAAGCAACACAGCUCUAUCUCAGCAAAUUGAUUCCCUAGUCAUUGAAUGUAAUAGACUUCGAGAUGAUUACAAUGAAUCAUCUAAAAUAGCAAACCACUAUAGCCGUGAAAAUACAAAACUGAAAGGUGAAUUGGCAGAUUUAGGAAGACAAGUUUGUUUCUUGUUGAAAGAAAUUGAACACAAUCGCGGAGGUCUAUUACCUAACGGCGACCAUGAUUCAUCGCAAACUGCUUCGAACACAACAAAUUCAUCUGAAUUAAGUUCAUCAAGAAUUAUAUCUAAAACAUUAGUGACAUUUUCAGAUAUUCAAGAAUUACAAUCAAAUAAUCAAAAGCUUUUGCGCAUGAUACGCGAAAUGACAGAUAAGCAAGAAGAAUUUGAACGCCACAAGGAACAAUUUGAGAGUGGCGAAAUGCAAAAUAAGAUAGAAUCCUUGAAAAAUAGAGUAGUUGAGCUCACUGAAGCUCAAGAUCGUCAAACCAAAAUGGUCAAUGGCCUUAUCAGACAAAGAGACAUGUUUAAGAAACUGUAUCAUGAUCAUAUGAAGGGCAAACGCCAUGAGUUAUCUGCAUCUGAGAUCACUGAAUUGGAAAAGAGUGGAAUAUACUCAAUGGAAACCACACCUGAAAAAGUAAGCAAGACUCCUAUUCCAGAGACAUCUUCAUUUGAAAUCAAAUACAAAGAAACAGAGAAACAAUUGGAACUACUAAAAGAAGAAUACAAAACUUACAAAGAGGAAAAAGUAACUAAUGAAAGAAUGCUAUUUGAACAGAUUGAUAGCAUGAGACAAGAAAUAGGAAAAUUGACUGCUGCCAAUAGUAAAUGUGCCUCAACAUCUGAGUACAAUAAUGAAAGACUUAAAAUUUUACAAACCAAUAUUACAACUUACAAAAAGCAAAUUUCGUCCUUGGAAGAAAAGAAUAAAGCUUAUAAUGCUACCAUAGCAAAGCACGAAGUCUCAUUGCAACAUUUAAGAGAUGAAGCUUUAAAUGCUCAGAGUAAACUUGCAGCUGCUGAAAUACAACUAGAAAACUUGAAACUAGAACUUAAAUUACUUAAAGAUGCUGAGCUGCGUAUCCAAACAGAAAAAGAAAUGUUAAAUAGAGAAAGACAAGGCCAAUCUUUACUUCUGAAAAAUUUGGAACUAAUCAAAGCUAGUUUAGAACGCGUAGAAGCAGAAAAUCGAGCCAAAAUUGAGACAAGGUUAGAUGAAGCUACCAGGGAAUGUUCAGCAUUAAGAAGAAGACUUCAGGAAGAACAAGAUCGUUUUAGAGAAUUGGCAGCUCAUUUAGAAAGGCAAACCAAUACUGCAAAAGAAAGAAUGCAAGAAGAAAAAGAUGCUGCAGAUGCUUUAAGAAAAGAAAUUACCGAAAUGAGACAGGAGUUAUUAGAGAAAAAUAAGUCGAAUGAAGAAUUAACUAAAAAACUCAAAGUUGCUCUAUCUCCCAAUACUGAUGGAUCAUAUGAUACAGUUAAAAAAAUUAGGGAUUUAGAAAAUAAAUUGUCGGACAAACAAGGAGAAGUUCAGUCACUCCAGGAACAACUGAAUGUUGCAAAAGAACAUAUAAAACAAUAUUGUGACAUAUCAGAAAGUGCAGAAAAGGAAUUAAAAGCUCUUCAUACUGAAUAUGAAGCUUAUAAAACAGAAACUGAUGCUAAGUUGGCAGAUUAUACCAGUAAAUUACAGAAUUUGGAAGAUAAGUGUUCAGAGCUAGAGGCUGAGUUGUCACUACAUGCCAAUGGGGAACAUUCUAAUAGUAACACUGCAUUGAAAAACGAAUUGUCUAAUAUCAAGGAAGAAUUGAAUAAUUCUAUAAAUAAUGCUAAUAGUUACCACUCGGAACUUGAAUCUGCACGUGCUGAAAUAACUAAGCUCUCAGAAGCACUACAGAAUGCAGAAGAUAAAUACACUCAUGAAAUGAUUUUACAUUCCAGUGAUAUUCAAGCCCUGUCUCAUGUUAAAGAAGAAUUACUACGAGCACAAAAUCAAUUAAAUGAACUAACCGCUUUGAAACAGCGUGCCGUAGAAGAUUUGGAAACUGAAAAGAAAUCAUGGUUAGAUAGACAAAACAUAUUAAUGAGUGAAAAUAGUCAACUUACAGAGCGGUUGAAAGACUUAAAUGACCAAAAUGCUCUUUUACAUGACCAAAUACAAGCUUUAGGCACGCAGUUGUCAGUUACUCAUGCGUCUCGCACAGAUAGUUUUAAUGAAUCUGCAAAUGAUUCCAAUAUAAAUGUCUCAGUAAGUGAAGAAGAUGGUAAAUCAUCCGAACAAUUAUUCCAAAUUGUAAAGUAUUUAAGGAAAGAGAAAGAUAUUGCUAUGGCUAAAUUUGACAUUCUACAAGCUGAAACUAUGAGACUAAAAUCGCAAUUAGAAAUAGCUGAGAAACAGCUUGAUGAAACAAAAUUAACUCUAGCAGCAGAAAGAGAAAAAUCUGAAGUUAGUAUGGUUACUGUGAAUAGACAGUCAGAUAUAUUAAGAAAAGUUGAAACUCUGAAUGCUUUAACUGAUAGUAACAGAAUAUUAAGAGAAGAGCGCGAUAUAUUGUCUGCUCGCGUCGAAGAACUGGCAGCAACAGCUAAAUCAAUGGAGUCUCAGUUAGCACCAUUGCAAGAGAAAAUUUCUGACAUUUCAUCCAAAAAUGAAACUUUACAAUCUGAAAACAAUGCUUUGAAGGCAGAUUGUGCAAGAUGGAGAACUAGAGUAAAUGCCUUGGUUGAACGUGCUAAUAAAACUAGUCCUGAAGAUUGGAAACGCCUUCAAAAUGAAAGAGAGACUCUUGCUAAAAUGUUAACAAAUGAAAAAGAAAAUGUUAGGAAACUUAAUGAAGAACUUGGGUCUAUUAAAGUAGAAAAGUCUAAAAUAGAGGAACAAUAUUCUUUAUUAUCAAGACAGCAAAAUACAUUAGCAGAAGAAAAUAAAAAGCUUAAUGAAGAAUUACAUACUCUUAAGGAUGAUAUGGCUAGAGUUACUGAAGAAGUUACAAAACUUAAAGCAGAACAUUCCGCAAUUGUCGCCUCCAAUGCUAAAUUAACUGAAGAACUGGCUAAUAAAGAUGCUUCCUUGACUGAUAUCAGAAAUAAAGAAAAUCAGAUCAGAAAAAUCGCUAAAAAGUACAAAGCUCAGUACGAAGAAUUAGUAAAAACAACUGAGGAAGAGAAGAAAAAGAAUGAAGGCGAUGUUGCAGCUGCAGACGCUGCAAUGACAGAAAGUAAUAAGAAAUUCGAGGAACACAUAGCUGAACUUCAAGCUAAACUUGAAACUGAAAAAGCAAACACCGAUAAAUUAAAACAAGAACUAGAAACUCUCAGGACUGCAAAUAUGGAAAAAGAAGAGAAAUCUAAACAAGUUUUAAAACAAGCUAAAAGCAAAAUAGUUCAACUAACUGAACUCAAAAAUACCUUAAGCCGCGAAUUAGAUGAGUCUCGUAAUAAAAUCGGUGCGAUUGAGCAAAGUACUCGGGAUGAACAAGAUGUGAGACUAGCCCUUAUAAAAUCUCAAUACGAAGGACGACUUUCACGGUUAGAGAAAGAACGUAGUGAGGCCCAAGCAGAAAAAUCUAGAGAAGUGGAAGCUUUACAUCAAAAAGUCACUAUGCUUCAGCGGCAACUAGCAAGUCAAGCAUCAGCUUCUAAACAACAAGCCACAACUGAGAAGAGUACUACAGAACCACCAACUGCUAAUAUCAAACCUAUGGCUGGUGUAGCCCAGCAAAGUGUAACUGCAAGUCGACGUGGGGGCGAGACUCCUCUGGCAUCAAUUCGUCCAAUGGCUCAAGUGGGACCGACAGCACCACAUGACGCCCACACAACAGAGUACAUGCCUGCCUCCUCGUCGCGACCGCUUCCUAGAGCUGCCUUAGCAGCAUCCACGGCACCUCCAGAGUCGACACAGGAUAUGGAUACCAGUGAGGCCGGCAUGGGCAGUUCUGGUUCUAGUGAUAGCACAGCUCAACCUUCGACACAUUCCCAAGUACCACAACAAGCUGUGGCAAUGGUUAUGCCACGCAUCGAACAACCUAGCGGCGCUGCGUCUGGUAGCUUGACAGGCGUGCCUGCAGCCAGCUCGGCUGCCGCGUCCAGUGUCGCUACACCAGCUGCAUCAGCACCUCCUAUUCCAGGAACGACUGCAGGCCCGUCAACGUCUUGCCCUGUGUCGCAAGCGUCCGGUGGCGUGAGCACUUCGCACGCGCCGCCCGGCGUCAGCACGUCGGCGGCGGCGGCGGGCGUCAGCACGUCACACGCGGCGCCCGGCGUGAGUACGUCGCAUGCGGCGCCCGGCGUGAGUACGUCACACCCGCCGCCCGGGGUCAGUACGUCGCACGCACCACCCGGAGUUAGUACGUCGCACGCGCCGCCCGGCGUCAGUACGUCGCACGCGCCCCCAGACGCGCGCCCCCCUAAGCGUCGCCUUCAACAACGCCCUCUUGCUUCUAAGAGAACUCGGGUGCAAGGAUUUGAACGGUCUGUGGAAGUAGAAUACCAAGUACCGACAUCUUCCCGCUGCGAUCAAGAUGACGAGGGCGUCAUCGUCGUUGAUUCGGAGGAAGACGACGAGCGGUGCACUGGCACUAUGUACAGGGAGGGAGAGGAAGAGGAGGAAGACAUGGAAGAGGAACAAGAAGUAGAAGCAGGUGAAGAAGAAGAGGAGGUCGAAGGUGACGACAGCGAGAAUACCACACGACAGGAGUCGCCGGCGCAGUCUCCCGAGGCGGGCGAGGAGGCGGAGGAAGGCGCGGCCGGCGCGGCGCGGGCCGAAGCCGACAGCGAGCCCGCGCCUGCCAUCCAGCAAAUCGAAGCCAUCAGCAGCGGCACUGAACAAAGUGGAGCGCUGUCUUUGGGAGGUAACAAUGGUGACGACGGAGACGACAGUAUAGUGCCGUCCACACCUACCCUUUAUGUACCGCGACGCAAUGACGGGUUCGGCGAGGCGGUGGUAUCGCCGGUGGGCGGCGGCGGGGGCGCGGCCCGCUUCACGUUCGCGGAGGCGCACGCCGCGCUGCAGCACCACGACACGCACGCCGACCUGGCCGCCGCGCUGCCGCCCGCGCCGCUCGCCGCGCCCGCGCUCGACGCACGUCCAGAAGGUGGUGAAACCAGAGACUGGGAGGAGUCAAGAGCUGAGGAGGAAGCAACCGCCGUCAGUUCACAGGGUAGUGAACCAUCUUCACCACAUCAACAGGUAGCUGAGGAAGGGCGUGAAGCUGAAGCAAGUGCUCCGACGGGCGUGGCGCGUCGUUCUCACACGCAGCAACACGCCCACUCCCCUCAUUCACCACACUCGCAAAAUCAGAGAUGGAUGCGUGCUGCAGACAGCGAGAGUGGAACGCGCGGCCGAGGCAUGCGUUCCCGUGGUCGACCCUCAAGAAGAUCCCACAAUUAUAUGAGGUUCUAA